AUGGUGUAUCUCUGGCUGCUCCUGCAGUUUCCAGGUGGAAUGACAGCAAUGGCUGAUAUCCCUAAUCAUCACGUGAUAAUUUUCUGCCAGGGUCUUGUACAGCAUUUCGAUUCAGCAAAGAGGGAAUCAGAGAAAACUGAGCUCUUUGGGGGAAAAAGUUACAAAAAACGACCUUUGUAAUAUUGAUCUGACCCAACCAACAUGGGUGCUGCUUUUGCUUACAAUACUGAAUUCUUGCAGGGUGCCUGUGCUGCCUUGGGUUUGUGUGUGCUUUCCCAUGAGCUCCAUGCCCAGGUCUGGCAGCAAGGCACAUUCGCUGGACACUGUCUCUGGAGCCUUUUGAAGAGUAAAUACUGUCCCUGUGUGGUGGAUCUCUGCUCUGAGCCCUCUUUCUGCUGUGAACAUCAUUCCCAUGCCUUUCCCUCUCUCAGGUCUAGUCUCUACAUGAGUAGGGAGCAGAAUUAGGAGCUGGAGCCAUCUGAUUUCAAGCUGCUUGGUGUUCACCCAACCAGGGUUUAAUCUGUGCUGGUCAACUCCAGACCCUGGAAACUUGCUUGCCCUGGCAAUCAUUUCAUCUAUGUCCUCAAAAUGCUAAAAUGCUUGUCCCACGGCUUGUCCCUCUGGUCCUUAAAUCCCUGUCAAUGCUUCCCCUGUGCUUGCAUUUUGUCUGCCCGUGGUUCUGCUGAGAUCAGACUUUCCUUUUGUUUUCUUUCCCUCCUGCCUUCCGUUUUUAUGAUUCUUCAGCAUUCUGGGUGCUUUUGUGAGGUGCAGGUUAAAAGUACAAGCUGUUAAUGCUGCAAAUGCUGCCGUGCUGUCUGUGAAUGCCCGAGGGGAGCAAACAGGGACGUUUCCCAGUGUGUCCCCUCCUGCCCUGUCCUGAUAAUCCCUGCAGGCUCUUGGUGGAGAUGCUCAAGCCAAAGCCUCUCACUGCCGUGUUUGCUCCUGGUGUUUGCCAGGACUGUGCCAUUGGGAAAGGGGGUGGCUGGGCGGGAUCUCUGCCCUUCCCUGGGCAGUGGGGUGUCUGACUGCACUUUGAACCCUGGAGGGAGGCUUGGCGGAGGCUGCUGGCUCUCUACCCACCCCUGGCACUCGAGUGGAGACGGAACCGGCUCUACAGCACCUCUCGCCGUGUUCCCUGUGGCACAGAGGGUGGGAGUCCGUGGAGCAGGAUGAGGCACCUGCUCUGGGCUGGCUGCUUCCAACUGCUGCCCUGGCGAGCUGGGCCCUGCACCCGCAAGCUGGCUGUGACCACUGCAGUGGCUACCUCACACUGCGGCCCGUGGCUCCUGGCUCCUCAGGCCGCCUCACGCAGUGUGUCCAGGGGGUUCCUCCAGCCCCUGAUCCCGGGGAGCAGGGCCCCUUGCCGCUGGGGCUCACAGUUCAACGUGCCCCCCAGCGCCCUGCUCGUGGCCCGGCCCGUGGGGGUCUGCUCCAUGAUGAGGCUCCCCGUGCAGGCGUCAGCGCAGGGACUGGACGCGGCGUUUGUCGGUGUCCCGCUGGAUACGGGAACAUCCAACCGGCCGGGAGCCAGGUUCGGCCCACGUCAGAUCCGCGCGGAGUCGGCCAUGGUGAGGAGGUGCAACGGCAGCACCGGGGCAGCGCCUUUCGACUCCCUGCGGGUCGCUGACAUCGGGGACGUGAAUGUGAACCUCUACAACCUGCCCGACAGCUGCCGCCUCAUCCGAGAGGCCUACCGGGAGAUCGUGGCCUCUGGCUGUGUGCCCCUCACCUUGGGUGGAGAUCACACCAUAACGUACCCAAUCCUGCAGGCCCUGGCAGCAAAACACGGUCCCGUGGGGCUGGUGCACGUGGAUGCUCACACGGACACGGGGGACGCGGCCCUGGGGGAGAAGAUCUACCACGGGACCCCGUUCCGGCGCUGCGUGGAGGAGGGGCUGCUGGAUUGCAGCCGCGUGGUGCAGAUCGGCAUCCGAGGCUCCUCCUACGACCCCGACCCACACGAGUACAGCCGGCAGCAGGGUUUCCGGGUUGUCCCAGCCGAGGAGUGCUGGAUGAAGUCCCUGGAGCCCCUGAUGGGGGAGGUGAGGGCACAGAUGGGGGACAGGCCCGUGUACAUCAGCUUCGACAUCGAUGGAUUAGACCCCGCCUAUGCCCCGGGCACCGGGACCCCGGAGAUAGCUGGGCUCACACCUGCACAGGCUUUGGAGAUUAUUCGUGGCUGCAAAGGCCUGAACAUAGUGGGGUGUGACCUCGUGGAAGUCGCACCAAUGUACGACGUCUCUGGUAACACAGCUCUUCUGGGGGCAAACCUGCUGUUUGAGAUGCUGUGUGUUCUCCCAGGAGUGAGGACACUGUGAGGACACAUUUCCUGCUCCAGGACAAUGCUGUUCCAUGUCCCCAGCCAGGCUUUCCAUGUCCCCUUCCCCUCAUCCAGCUGCAGCCAGCGUGGGCUUUGCAGCACAGAAUAAAUGCCGUUUUCCACCGGUAAA